UAAUAUUAUUAUUUAAUUUGAUGUUGGUAUUAUAUGUGACCUGGACAUUUCUUGACAGUUCUGUGACAUCACCCUCAAACUGUUUCUGGUGAAAUUUAGAAAUGUUUGUGUGAUUUAAGCUUUAUUUAAUUUGGUAGUCAUGAUUCUGAAUUUAUUUAGCUUGGUUUUGUUCAAAUGUCCUUUCAAAUGGCUGAUAUUUCUCUUUGUGAACUUUUAAUGCAUUGUUUAAUGUACAACCUGGAAAGGUUGUAGCCUAGUUCUCAGGCCUCUUUCGCUCAAUUUUGAGAAAAAAAAAGGCUUAUACUGAGUUAUGUAAUUUACUGGAUUAAGUAAACAUACAGACACACCAAAGUACAGUACAGGUACCACAAAACAGGCCCAAUCAAAACUCGUAAAAAAAAAAAAAAAUCAUGGUUGUGUUCUCAGAUGCAUCUCACGAAUUGCAACCAAUAACAAACAUAAAGAAAAAGAUUAUAUUACAUAUUGAAACAUGCAUCGCAGUAAAUGUAUCACAUCCUUUUUCUUUCUUUUUUAAAUGAAAACUAUCCUUGAAAGUCUUUACUAAGGUUUAAUAACACAUGAAGGGACCUGUGGACUUUUUAAGCAGGUCAGUAUGAAACAUGUAAGAUCUGACGAAAACCGUCGCUCCCAAUUAAGGUUAUGAAACCAAGCGUGCUGUCUUUGGAUGACACAUCCCAUUAUAUUCCUCGUAACACACUAAAUGUGGUGUAAUGUCAUGGCAGAGGGCAGGUAAACAUGGUCAGUUGGACAGUCAGCUCAUGCUAGUCCUGAACUGAUGCCAAGAGUGUUACAGAAGAAAAACAAGCCGUACGCCAGUGUUCCACUAGAGGAAAAGGAAGUCCUCUUCUCUUUCCAGAGAUGUUUUUGAAGACUCCAGUCAAGUCAUUUAAAUUUAUAUUGCGAUUUUCACAAAACACAUAGUUUCAGAUCAGCUUUACAGAAAAUAGUGUUGUAAUACAAGUCACGUUUCAAUUGAGUAAACAAUUGGUAUGCAAUGUUUUAAACUAAAGGAUACUGAUUAAGCUUUAAGAUAAAUGAUUGUGUAUUUGAAGUCCAUCCUGAAUUGACUGCAGGAGUGCAUGUAUGAGUUUACUUGCUUGUGUUUUUGCAAAUGAUGAGGGUGUCUGUUUGCGGCUGGAUUUUGUGUGUUUUUUUUUUUUCUUAAUGAGAUCUUGAUGAGUGUUAACACAUUUAUUUUAUGACAUCAUAUGGUAAAUAAUGGGCCAUGUGACUGCAUCAGAUUGCUACACUGCUACUACAGGAACUGGUCUCAUUGCACUGCAGACGGGCUGCGGUGCUAUGUUCAACUAGGAGUUAAUGAUCUGCCGUACUCUCAACAACGGAGAGAGGAAGGCAGCGCACGUGGUGUCAGUUUACAUAGAUUUGCUUACUCAAGGUGAAAGAAAAAAGUUUGCCCCCCUUUCAGGAUGCUCACAUAACGCUCGCAAACAAAAAGUACAGAAGGGGAGGGGAAAAAGGAGAGCUACAAAAGAGUAGGCAUGAGCAGUAUGACCAAAAUCUCACGGUAACGGUAUAUAUCACAAUAUAGUUAUUUUGGCAGGAAAUCCAUCGAAGAAGGGGUUUAUAUACUAAAUAACUAUGUGGUAAUGUCUAUAUUUGGUUAAUCCAGUGAAAUAAUACUUUGAGAAAUUAAAUGUACUGCAACUCAUUUGAAUAUUUUCUCUUUUUUUGGAACUUGAUGGACGCAAGAUCAUAAGAUGUCAAAUGAUACAUAACAAAUGAAGCCAAAGAUGACAGCAGGUGUCUUGUCUGUCCGCUAUGUGAUAAGGGCUUUCAGACCCAACACCAGCUCACCAUGCACAUCCGCCAGCACAAUACUGAUAGCGGGACAUCGGACCACUCUUGCAGUAUCUGUGGGAAGUCUCUGAGCUCGGCUAGCUCUCUGGACCGUCACAUGCUAGUGCACAGUGGAGAGAGACCCUACAAAUGCUCUGUGUGUGGUCAGACUUUCACCACCAAUGGCAACAUGCACAGACACAUGAAGAUCCACGAAAAGGACUCUGCUACCUCCAUUCCCAGCAGUACCACCCUGUCUCCACCCAAGCAAAGACGCUCCUCCAUCGCCAAACGCAAACUAAGCCAGGACGAGGACAGCGAGCGGACAGAUGGGCCAUCUAGCAAAAAGGUCCUGGAAGAUAGUGGGGCAGAUGAGCAAGGUUUGAACAGAGGGCAGGAGGAAGUGCUGACCUGCCCUAUCUGCUUCAAGACCCUCACCUCCAAAAACGACCUUGAUGUCCACAUGGAGAUGCAUCCUGACACUACACUGAGAUGUGAUUUGUGCUGUAUCUCAUUCCGGACACACCGUGGUUUGCUUCGCCACAAUGCAGCUACCCACAAGCAGCUGCCCACAGACCCCAGUGGGCAACCCUUUAUCCAGAACAACCCCUCCAUCCCUCUUGGUUUUAAUGAUCUGGCUUUUAUUGACUUUUCAUGCCACAAGUUCCCUCAAAUUGCCCAGAUUUGGUGUGAAACGAACCUUCGCCGAUGCACUGGCAAAUUCCAUCGUUUUGUAUGUGACACCUGUGACAAAGCGUUCCCUCUUAGCUCAGCUCUGGACCUGCACAAUGCUUCUCAUGAGACUGCCGUUAGCUCCAAAAAGACUUCAGCUUCACCCUUAGUUAUCACAGAUGAGCUUCUCACUCCUGAGAAAAGCAGCUUCAUGGAUUCCCUGGGCUUGCAGCACAUCACUCAGGUCAAGCCGGCCCCCUCUGAAGAGGAUGCUCGACAGGCCGAGCUAGAGAGCAUCCGGGUUAUCAACGUGGAGCCUAUCCAGUCCACCGUACCUCAGGAGGCUGGCCUUGUUGGAGGGGUUAACCUGUCUCUUGUGGACCCGGCAACUCUUCAAGGUCUGUCCCAUCAGCAGGCUCUCAAACUACUGUCCCUUCAGCCCUUCCAGACUGGUUUUCUGGUGCAGCCAGAUGGUGGUAUGGUGGUGAAGCCUGUUUGUGGUGAAUCCAGUAUCGAGCUUGCUGAUAUACCACAAAUACUCAAAGUAGCUUCAGCUGCACCAAACCAGAUCACUCUUCCACCCUUAUCGAAGGCACCUUGCAGUGCUGUGCAGUCAGGCAACAAGCAGAUGCCUCCCCUCAAGCCAAAGCCUUUGGUGGCUCCCAGAACCAGUAUGGUAGCAUCAACUCCUCCACCCCUUCUGAACACCCAGCAAGCUUCACUGGGCUGCAUCAGCCCCAGCCUACCACCUCCAGCCAGUCAUCCUCUCAAGACUGCCAGGGAGCUCUCCUCAUCUUCUGCAUCCACUUCCGCCAGCAACCAGGGUUCCACAGAGAGGCUACAAAUGGAGGCUGAGUGCAUGGGAGAUGCCCAUACCCCGAUGGACAGGGAUGAAAGGCAUAUCAAGCAGGAAAUUGACAAAUUUGAAGAGAACGCUGGAAAGAAGGAAACCUCUCAAAAAGGCUCGUACCCUUGCCGAUUUUGUGACCAGAUCUUUGCUUUCUCUGGUGUGCUGCAGGCACAUAUGCGUUAUCAUAUGGGCAUCCUACCCCACCAAUGCAACAUCUGCGACUAUGUUGCCCCAGACAAGGCAACGCUGAUUCGUCAUUUGAGAACACAUAGCGGUGAGCGGCCCUAUAUCUGCCAGCUUUGUCAUUACCCAUUCACUGUCAAGGCUAACUGUGAGCGUCACCUUCGCAAGAAGCACAUGAAAAACAACCGCAAGGAAAUUGAGAAAAAUAUUAAGUAUGUUACCUCAUCCACAGCAGACAUUCUGGAGCAGGCUGGGACUAACGAAAAUAUCUGUCGCUUUUGUGGGAAGGACCUAAAGACCUUCCGGGCCCUACAGAUUCACUUGCGCACCCACAAUGGCUGCCAGCGAAAGCCAUUUGAGUGCAAGUGCUGUGGAGCAGCCUUCUUCGCUAAGCGUAAUUGUAUACAUCAUCUUCUGAAACAACAUUCAGAGGUCCAAGAACAGGAUAUUGAAGAGCACAUCAUCUCCCUAGUAGCUGCAUCAACCCAGAAUAGCCCAAAUGCAUCUCCUCUCAACGAGAUUUCUCCUAGCACUUUGGUGCAGUCUAUCAAAGUGGAGGACCUCAGCUUCUACGGUGCAGAUAUGAAUCAACCCCUGGACUUCUCUAACAAAAGUCGUGGAGGUAGCAGUGCUGGAAGUGUGAGCGGAUCCCCUGGAAUCAAAAUUGAACCUGCCUCUUAUGACUCUUCAAUGGAACCAAUUGAUCUCUCUAUUCCUAAGAAUCCCACAAAGAAGCUUAAACAAGACAUUGAUGCUACGUUGCCAAAAGAGGUUAAGAAAGAACAGUCAUCCAUUAGCAUUCUUGCACAGGCUCUUCAGGUUGAUAGACCCGUUGAUGAGAAGUCCCAACAGCUUGGCCGCUGCCAGCUCCCUGUGGCCUUGACCUCCCUUACAGGUAGCACUAAUACUUCAGGAAGGGCCUUGCGUCUAAAGCCCCUGCUUCCUAAACCCUCCUCUACUGCUGUGAAGGAGCUUCCACCACUAGCAUCCAUAGCUCAGAUCAUCUCCUCUGUUUCUGGUGGCCCUGACCUUCUUAAACGGGAGAACACUAAUAGCCUUCAGCCUGAUUCUGAUACAGUUGGCAGGCAAGAAUCACCAGAUUCCAUGACAGAUGAGCUCCCCUUGGACAGCUCCAAGAAGAGGUCCAGGAAAAGGCCUUCCAACAGCACAUCGAAUGAGAAACCUGUGAAGAAUGCAACAGAGCCGAAUAUCGAUUUGGAAUCCAGUGGGGAGUUUGCGAGUGUUGAGAGGAUGUUGGCAACCACUGAUACCAACAAGUUCAGCGCCUAUCUUCAGACCAACACAAUUGAGUUAGCAAGAAAAGAAGUGCAGCAGCCAAGUACUAGUGAUGAGAUAGAGAAGAAAGAUGAGAAACACCCUCGAGCCCAGCAGACUGCUCAACCCCAACAGUCCAAAGGGAAGAAGAAUGCAUACUCAAAUUCUGUACAAAAGAUGACUUGUCCCUUCUGUCCUAGAGUCUUUCCAUGGGCCAGCUCACUCCAGCGCCACAUGUUAACACACACAGGUCAGAAGCCAUAUCCUUGUCCCCAAUGUGAUGCCUUCUUCUCGACCAAGUCCAACUGUGAGCGGCAUCUUUUACGCAAGCAUGGCAUUUCCAACCGAGUGCUUAGGCGCAAUGGUGUCAUGCCAAAACCUAAGGAAGCUGAUGAGGGCUCACUAGAGAGUGCAGAGAGCACAUCGGAGACUGAGCUUCCCGUGGGUGAAGCAAUGGAUCUCACAAGGGUCGACCCAGAGAAGCCUGUUGCAUCUGAUGCUGAGAAACCCUCACCAGCUAAGCCGACAGAAGCAGCUGUAGCAGAGCCUCUUCCUCACAAAGAGGAGGUGGACCCAGCAGCCCUUAAGUCUUUGAAGCACAAUGACCCAGAAAAACAGGAUGACGAUUCCCAUAGCAAUAAGUCCCUUGAGUUCAACUCUUCCUUUAAGUCAGUAGACUUCAAAUCUGCUGAGAACGACCAGCCACAGUCUUCACCUGUAGCAGAUGGGGAUGUGUCUGACAAAGCAAACCCUCAGGAAGAGUCCAAGUUCACCUGCAAAAGUUGCAACAAGAGCUUCCGCUACGCUGCCACCUUGACCAGACAUGAGAAAGUUCACCUGCUGGAUGUAGCAUUGGACUCAACUAAUAUACCUCCUAAAGCAGAUGAUCCAGUAGUACCUUGUGAAACUAAGAAAGAGGUUGCAGAAGAGGAGGUGGAGAAAUGCUUAAGGAAGGGCACAGCACAGAACGAGGGAACGGGCAGUGUGGUGGAGAGUGGUUCUGAAGAGGAUAAAGAGGAGCGGAGUGAUGAAGAGGGAGCCGCAACAGAACCAAAGAGUGCUGAGGGAGAGGCAGGGGAACUUGGCAGCAAGCCGGACAAGAGGAAAAAGGUGUGCAAUAUAUGUAACAAACGUUUCUGGAGCCUUCAAGACCUCACCAGACACACACGCUCUCACACAGGUGAGAGGCCUUACAAGUGUCAGACAUGUGAGCGCACCUUCACCCUGAAGCACAGUCUUGUCCGGCACCAGCGAAUACACCAGAAACCACGCGAAGCUGAUGGUGAGGGGUUGUGUGGGGUCACUGGUGGAGCAGACGAAGAGGGCUUCAGCGGGCGCUCUGCCAGUGAAGGCGAGUGCACGCCCACCAGCACCAAUCCACCCUCUGAGAAUGAAAGUGAACUAACAGAGACUGUGAAGGUGGAACCAACCCCCCAGAAGAAAAAGGAGGAUUAUGCAUCCGCCGUACCUGCUGACAAGGUGAAGGAGAUGGUAGAGUUUAAACCAACCUCCCUGAAUGAGGAGACAGAGCUUGCACCAGCUUUAGAGACUCCCAAAGAUCCUCCAGCAGAAGAACAAGCCUCGAAUUCACCCACAUCAUCUGAUGUAGAGCCAUCAGAUGGAUUCCUCGAAGGCUUACUGGUGAUCCACACCAAGCCCACUACUGAGCACAUUUUGCCCAUCUCCGAGCCGCCACUACUUGGUGUGGAGUGAAGAGGGACUCAUCCUCUCCUUUGUGGUGAAACAUUGUGCUGCAACAAAAAGCAGUGCCAUAUAACAAAGUACAUUGCAAUGAAAAGAGAAGUAAUGACUGAUUCCAAGUGCCUUUCUACUUUUUUGCUAUAUCUUUAUCAGCAUUUAUCUUGAUCUAAAGUUGAUUUUUAUAGUAUUUUACAAUGAUUAUUAUGAUUUUUUUGGAAUCUUGAGAGAACUACUUUAAGCAAUAUAUGAUCAAAUUAGUAUAUCAUAUUGUACAGUUCAGCGACAGCAAAAUCUGUCCUUUAAGAAGCAGGUUUAUACCCUUAUCCAGCAAAGGCUGAGAUUAACAAGAGGACAUUUCUACUGAGAGGCUUGAACCCAAGUGCACAACUGGAAAGACGACUUGUUCAUCAAAGUGCUUCUCUGUGACUUUUCGUCCUCCUUUCUUUGUCUGUACUUUCCCUUUUUUUGUUAUUCCUUCAACGACAAAGACUUCCAGAGUUAUUGUUUUAUUGCAAUAUUGAGCUCUGCUGUUAUAAGUGCAAUGUCAUGUAGAGUUUUUUUGGGAACAGCCAAGCAAAGAUCAGAUUGUCAACCUCUGGAAGGUGUUCAGAAGCCUUCACACAAAGUAUAUGGGCAAUGUUUGCCCAAAAAGGUGAUUUUGUCCAAUGUCCAUAGUUGGCGUUAGCAUUUGGCACAAAGGAUGGAAGUUUUUAACAAGGGAACUGCAAUGUUUUUAAUUAAAGGGCUCAUGGAUUGCUUUCCCUCAAGCCCAGUUUCAACUACGUAAAAAGAAUAAAAAGCAAACACAAGUAAAUAGAUAAAGCCCACAAUUAUGAAUAUAAUGUACUUGAGAAAAAAAAUGAAAUGUGUUCCUGUGUCCAGGGUUACCGUCUUCCAAAACAUCACUUUUUAAGCCUUACUCUUUAUCUUCUGAGCUUCAGGCAGGUGUCUCACUUUCUGCCAGGCUCAUGAGCUAGAAUUCAUGAUGUACUUGAACCCUGUCACCCUGCUGCCUACUGUUGGGAUGUGUCUCUCUGCAGAGCUCCUCAGCUAGGAGGACCCCAUUUCAAUCAUAUGUUCUUUUGUAGCCUUUGAAAUCUCUUUGGCCUCUCAGUUUUAUGAACUCGUGUUGUAAAGAAACCUCAGACACAAACAAAGCAAACCUCAAUAGGCAUGGAGACUGUUUGAAAUCACAUGGACUGGUAAGCAUCUUCAAAUACAAGACUUUUGAUUUCCUGGAGCAGCCGUCUACCAAAUGGAUGACUGUCGAUCAGCAUGCCGCUGGUGCACGACGUCAUUGAAAUGGAAUAUUGAAGCAAUAGUGGUUUUCCUUAACUAGGGACAGUGAGAGAGAGCACUUCCCUGAUUGGAUGUGUUUGUAUUGUCUCAAGAUCAGGCUAUGUGUGCCCCCUAGUGGUGUUAAUCCAGCAUCUCUGCUCAGGCAUGAGACUUGUAGUAUUGGAUGAACUUGAAUGCAAUUGCAAUCGCUUUCUCAAUCUGUGUAUUCUGUGACUUCUGCUUGUCUUGAUGCCUUUUCCUGGGUUCAUGUGAGUGUGUUUUGUGUUGGUUGUGUGCGGAAGUGUUUGGUUUCCUGGUAAGAAUGCUUAUGGACUGUUUUUAAUGUAUUUAUUAUGACCCAGUGUGGGUGAAGAAGUAAAUGUGGAGAAGCCAUGUAUUAACACAAUUAUGCUGCAUAAAAGAUGAUUGAAAUUCAAUACUUAGCGUCCCAGCUUUGAUCUGGGUCCUCGAUAACAAAAAUCACUUUUGAUCCGAAAGCUUUACGUAGACCUUUGUAUGCAUUUGAUAGAAUGUGUUAUCCGUUUCAGUUGUAUUACUAUUUUGUUUGAUUAAGUUUGACCGAGAGAUACAAGUUGUUUUCAUUGAUAUGUUCCUUGUGUAUAAAACUGUGAAAUUCACUAUGUUAUUCUGCUAUGGGUGAAUCUGUAGGGUAGUAUUGCAUGAUAACCUUUUUAUGUUGUUCAUUCGGUUAUUGAUUUUUUUUAUUUUUUUUGCCCCACCUGUCGCCCCACUCUGU